AUGGCAAGAUCUCUGGUUGCUUGCAGCUUGGCGUUCCAAGUUCAGUCGAUUUCGGGAGUAGCUUUGGCAGUCAUUUUGUCAUUGGCACUGUCUUGGAGACUUGAUCUUGUAGCUGUUGCAAUACAAACAGCUGCCAUCCGUGCCUUUUAUCUCAAGGCCAAGAUGAUGACUAGCAUGUCCAAGAAAAUGUUGCAAUCACAAAACAGAAGCAAUGAGUUAGCAAGUGAGGCUGUUGGAAACCAUAGAAUUAUUACAGCAUUUUACUCUCAGGAAAAGGUGAUGACAUUGUUCAAAGAAGCACAGAUAGGUACGACCGUUGAUUACCCCUAA